UAUACCAGCAGUAAUGAAAGCGCCCUCACCAGAUGAAGAGGUGCUUCUGCUAGCACAGCGAUAUUUAAUAGUAGCUUUAUUUGAUAACACGCUAAACAUCAGCACUUGUCAAAAGUCAAAUUAGAUACCUUAUUUUUGGCAUUAAAUCAUUGUAAUUAAAUUAAGCAUCACAAAUAAUAUGUUUAUUGAAGGAAUUUAAUCAUCAGUUUCUGUUUUUCUUUUUUUUUUUAUUUUUAUAAACCAUUGUGGAUUUUCUGUUAUUAAUAAAAAGUUAUGAGUGCAUUGAGUUUAUUUAUUCUACAGAUGGUGAUUACACCAUUUGCUGUAUCUCAAUUUUCGGAAUCUAGUUAUUCGAACUCAUUUGGAUAUGAUGCUUCAUCAUCAUGUAGCAAGCCGUUUACAAGAAAUUCAAAAGUAUAUUUUGAAAAACUUCCAUGUGAUUUUCAAAGUCAAAAUUGGUGUACCGUAGCUGGAAAAUAUUACCCAUGGCAUGCUGUUAAACGAUUUGUCCAAGAAAAUCAAGGCUUAAUGAGACGGAUGUAUGGCGAUGAAAAACAUAUUAUUGUUCUGAAAAGUGAACUAGAAAAAAAUGAUAUUGACUUUGAAUUUGAUGAUCGAUAUCAAAAACACUUUAAUAGCCCUCGCGGCUUUUUACAUGACAAUGAUUACAAUCACGAAGAAAAUGAUCAUAAAAUUCCUAGAUAUAAAAAUCAAGAAACUAAAUUUAUGGAGAAACUACCGAAGUUUCGUGAUUUCACAAAAUUGCAUCCGCAAUUUACCGUAACACCCACCUAUACGUCUACUAAAACAGUUUCAUCGAAGGAAAACCUUUUUAAUAUAAGUUCAAAUCUUUCAACUAAAUUAUUUAAAGCUACAGUUAUGGAUAAAUCAACUGAAGAGUUACAAAAAAAUGACUCAAUUAAAACCAAUGAAAAUAAAAAAAAUGUAAAUUCAAAUGCAACAGUAUUAUUAUCAGAUUUAGCUCGAGUUCAAAAUUCUAGUGUGCAUGGAACCUCAGAUCUUUCGUCAACAACAGAAAAUAAUUUAUUAAAUUUAACAACAAUCAACCCGUUCAGUACAGAAGCGACGGAAAAAACAACUUCGGAUCCUGAAAGCUUCCCUCAUACUUCAACGACAAAAAGUGAUCAAAUUGUUCCGAUUACUGAGAGGAAUGAUAAAGACGAAAUGUUAACAAAUGAACAAAAUCAGCAAUCGUUCAAACCACAUCCAGAUCAUAAUUUAUCGGAAAAUAAGCCUAAUAAUCCGAAUAUAGAAGGUCAAUUAUUUCAGGAUGCAACAAAAGAACAAACUGAACGUCCAGUUCUCAAACUUCGAGGAAUAAAUGCAUGUCCAGUGAAAGAAGAAGUUGUUGCACCAUUUUGGGCAAAUAAUACACGUGGAGAAGUUUUAGCUCUUUUAAAUUUAUAUCCUUUCGAGCAAUAUGUUCAUUGGGAAAAAUGCACGCAUGAAAAAAAACAGAUGUAUUGCAGAGAAGGAUGCCGAUGUGAACAACAAUACAGACUUCAUCGUCUUCUGGCUUAUGAUCCAAACAAUGAAUGUCGAGGAAUUUUCAGCGACUGGUUCAAGUUUCCGAGCUGUUGCGUUUGCCGUUGUUAUGAUUUGCCAAUUGAAUUUCGUGUAACUUCUCGCUCGCCUCGUGCACAAAGACAAAAAUUAAAUCUACGGAAAUCAAUGGAUUUAAUUUAAUAAUUAAUAAUUGUUAAAUUAAAGUUAACUUUAUUAUUCCCAGUAUUAACUGCAGGCCCAUACCCCGAGACUUGAUGUGGGAACUAAAGAGUUAAAACUAAAUAUUAAUGAUAGUAUUUUUACAAGGCUAGUGAUUCGAAUAAUUCUUUUUAUAUAUUAUUAUUUAUUACUAUGAUAUUAUAAAUAACUUUAUUGUUAAUUUUAAUUCUUAUGCUCAUUUAUCAUUAUAGAUAAUAAAUAUUUUUAAUAACUUUUAAAACUUAAUAAUUAAAUUAUAUAUAUAAGAGAAAUCAGAACAAGAAAUAAAUUAUUAUACGUUAAUUGUUAAUAAAUUAAUUAUUUAAAAUAAUUAAUGCCAUACUUAUUCCACACAUGGAUAUUUUUUACAGAAGAAAAAAAGUUUUCUUGCAAUCAUCGUGAUACAAAUUUCUGACUAUCGUAAUAAUUUUUAACUAUUAAACAUAAUUUUAGACAAGAAAGAAAAGUAGAACAUUCCAACCGCAUAUGCGAUUGUCUAUACCCGAGCCAAAAGUGAAGAUGACAAACUCGCGGGUUGGGGCAUUCCACAUUUAUCUGUGGUGCUUAUACUAUUCUCCACUAGAUCUGGACUUAAAAAAUUAGAUUUGAGCAUAUGAUCAAGUGCAGAUCUGGUGAAAAAUCGUAUGUUUACCUUGCAGAAAAUAUAGAACUUCCCGAUUCGCGAAUUUGCAACCCUCGUCUUCGACUCGAACGAAUUGCACACGAAUUAGAAUUUCAUACUUUCCUCAGCUUCACAUACAUGCAAUCACUUAGUAACAGCAAAAUAUAAGCUUAUUAUAUUUGAAGCAUGCUAUUAUUGUAAAAGAAAUUAUUAUAAUUUAUCUACUUAAAUCAACGUUUAAUGACUUAUUUAAAAUUUCACAAGCAUUCAAAUACAUAACUAUAGUUAUUAGGGUAAGAUUCGUUUUAAAUUAACAUUUUUCUUUCACUCCCACAUCAAAAUAUUGAUGUAUAGGAUAAAUACACCAAUAGAUGGACAAAUAUUAUUUUAAUUACCGAUUAUAUAAAAUUUAAGAAUGAAAAUGUAACAUAAUAAAUUUUUUUAUAGCUAUAAAUAUUUUUGAUGAUAUAAAAUAAUUAUUUUUAUUUGACAUGACGUUUUACUCAAAGAGCGCCACCACUACUAAGCAUGUGAUAGAUAACCGGUAAACUGUAUUUGCGCUAUAAAUAAAAUAAAUAAAUAAAAAAAAGGUAUCUAUAGUACGAUGACGUUCGUAUUUCAUUAACAAUUUAAGAAAAUUUGCCGUCCAUCUAUUGAAGACAAAUUUCUAACUUUAACCCAGUAGAUGAACAUUGGAUUUAUCUGGUAAAUUUUCAAUUUUUUUUUAUAAUAUUUAAGUGAACGGAUCCUAAAUGGCGAAGAGAAAGAAAUGAAGGUGUUAAAACCCAAGAAAAAAUAAAAAUACGAAAAAAAAGAUGAAAUUAAGAAACAGAAUAAUAAACAAGAACAUAAAAAAAAGAAGAUUAAAUGAAGAAAGGAUACAAUUGAAGAAACCCUCGCAGAUUUGAAUCACGGUGGAAACACCGUAGAAGUGUAAACACCAUGGAUCCACCGUGGUUACACGGUGGGUUUGUUCCAUUUCACCA